GGGGGUUUGGGGGGGAGGCGUUGGAGAACGCCUUACACUCCAUAACCGACCCGUCCCAUCUCCCAUCCCAUCCGCCGCUUCUACAGUGCUCCGAUCGCCAUGCCGAGCGGGAGGCGGCGCCGCGGCGGCGGCGGCGGGCGGGGAUCGUCCGCGGGGCGCGGAGGCGGAGUGGGGGUCGGGUCUGGACGCGGGAGCGGGGGCGGAGGCGGGGCUGGGCGCGGGGACUACUACGACCAGCAGCGGCAUGCUUUGGAGGCCAUGUGCGACGCCGCCACCCGCUUAGGGUUCGGAUGCACCAUCACCAAACAUGGUCUCAGAACUAGGUACGCCAUUGGCUGCAACACUUCAUCCUACUAAGGAAGGACUCGAGGAAUCUAUUUCGUUAAAGUGUGUGAAGCUACUUGUCGAGGCAGGUGCUGAUGUGAAUUGUACUGAUCCCGACAGUCCCUUAGUGAUAGCAACUACUCAUGGCUUGACUGAUUGCAUUGAAUAUUUGUUGAAGGCUGGUGCAAACGCUAAUAUUCCAAAUAACUGUUGUGGUGCUAUGCCAAUAGAAAUAGCUGCAGGCCGUGGAAGAAGAAAGCAUGUGGAGAUGCUAUUUCCUUUCACUUCUCCCAUUCAAACUGUUUCAAAAUGGACUGUUGAUGGAAUUAUUGCUCAUAUAAAAUCAAAAAGUUUGAAACAUUCAAAGCAUAAGGUUGGGCAAUAUGAUAAAAGCACUAAAGUUAAGCAGAAAUUUGAUGGUGACAAGGAUGUUGGGCGAAAGAACCACAGUGCUGCAUCAAAGCUAUACAGCGAGGUUGAGCAGUAUGGUAAAAACACGAAAGAUAAGCUGAAAUCAGAUGGUGACAAAUCUGUUGGGAGAAAGGACUACCUUGCUGCAUCAAAGCUCUAUGGCGAGGCAAUUGACCUGGAUCCAACUGAUGCAAUACUGUAUUCGAACAGGAGCUUUUGCCUUCUGCAAACUGGUGAAGCAACAAAGGCUCUAUCUGAUGCGAAUUCUUGCAUAAAGGUGCGACCUGAAUGGGUAAAAGGUUACUACAGGAAAGGAGCCGCCCUCAUGUCACUCAAGGAGUAUAAAGAAGCAUGUGAUGCAUUCCUUGCUGGGUUGAAGCUGGACCCUGCAAAUGCUGAGAUGGAGAGAAUGUUCCGGGAGAGGGAGGCAGUUGAGGCCAUGAAGGAGGACUGUGUUGGCGCAAAGAACCUUGGGUCUAUCGAUUAGAGGACCCAGCACGAUAUAUGCACGCUCUGGGGUUUCUUUUGUGCGGCCCAUUUUGUAUAUGUGUAGACAGUCACUGACUACGUGGAAUUGUCUGAAAUCGUGGUAGUGCGCUAGGGUGCAUGGGGUUGAUCACUCUAAGCUGCACGGCACUGCUUGGCUGCUGAACCAAAUGACGGCUAGUUAGCAAGUUUAGAUUCUUUUGUGCAUGCUUCUGUCUGGGAAGUAGAACGAAGUUUGGCGGUCAAUGGAGCUCUUGUUAGGUGUUUAUCUGUGUCCCGGUGUUGCCCAUUCCCGAUUUGCACUGCGUCAUUUUUACUGUGCUUUGCUAGUUGUCGUUUUGUUCGGUCUGUUA